AUGGCCGAGCAUCAGCCGCUGCUGACGAGCCAGCCCAUCGCCGCGCCGCAGAGCGUCUCGUAUGUUUUGCAGCGAGAUCUCACCAUUGGGCAGUCUGGAUCAGCUAGCCAAACUGAGGAUGACCGGCUGCCCCCCAACAGCCGGCUGGGUGCCGACAGCGGCAACUAUCGUAAUUGCUUCAUCAUGGCAGCCAGGAAGCUCUUCUUUGCUCCCCUCUUCUGCAUCGGCUACAGUUGUCGCCUUUGGGCUUGCCCGCCCCGCGUGCAUGGCAUCGAGCCCGAAGCCACGCUCUUGCCUCCGUCUGAACAGCGCCAGCUACUCGCCAUGCUGCAAGGAUCCUGGGGGCUGCGUGACGAUGGCCAACCUCGCCGUCCGCGCGAAAUGCACGUUUUCCCCCCUUGGUCCCAUCUACAUGGCCAGGCACUGGUGGAGAACGACCUCCUCAUUUUCUCGGGUGGCAUCAUCUCCACCUUUAUGGGCCGCAAUCACCUGCGCGACCGCGUUGUUGGGGACUUUGUCACCCAGAUCAAAUUCUGGCGCAGCCCAAGUGGCACGCUGUACAUGGAUCGCCUCGGCUCGAUCAUGGACCUGAGUCGAUUGACAACCGAGCAUCGCAUCGUCAUCAUCAACGCCUUUGGUGAAUAUUUCGAGCUCUUUCGCUGA